AUGCCUUCGGAUACUUUUCAAGGAGUAGUGGACAGAUAUAAUGGUGUUACUGUCGAUACUCAUGAUGAACCAUGUGAAACAAACCAAUUCAUCAAUCGUUUAUUAGCUUCACUUAAAAAAUGGGAAGAUGAAAGUAGAAGAUGUAUUUGGUUUAAGGUUUACAUAUCAGAUGCAGCUUUUGUUCCCAUCUUAGCAAAUGAAGGCUUCAACUUUCACCAUUCAAGAGAUGGAUUUGUUGCCAUGUACAAAUGGUUACCUAGAAAUUGUGAAGCUAAUUUACCCCCAGCGUGUCACACUAAUCUUGGAGUUGGAGGUUUAGUUAUAAAUGACCAUAAUGAAUUACUUGUAGUGGUUGAAAAACAUAAUGAAAUUCCUCAUUGGAAAUUUCCUGGUGGAUAUGUAGAGCGAGGUGAAGAUAUCAAAGAUGCGGCUAUACGAGAGGUAAAAGAAGAAACUGGUAUUGAUGCAAUCUUUGAAUCAAUGAUCACUUUCAGACACAGACACAAUGCUACAUUUGGCAAUUCGGACAUUUAUGUUGUUGUCUUAUUAAAGGCUACAUCAACUGAAAUAGUAAAAUCAGAAUUAGAAAUAAAAGAAUGUAAAUGGAUGACUAUAGAUGAAUAUUUAAACCAUCCAAAUGCAAUUGAAUUUAAUAAAUUUAUAUUAAAACAAGCAUUAGAUUUAAAGAAAAGAGGUAUAUAUUUUGAUUUGAAGAAAAAAGAUGUAACUGUUGGGAAAUUCACAACUUGUAUUACUUCAUUUACUGUAGAAAACAUUUGAAUUUUGUUAUUCUAUUGACAUUUAAGUAGUUAUCUACCUCAAUAGACAUUAUUCUAUGUAUUGAAAAUUAAGUAUAUAUUAUAUGUAUAUAUAAAAUAUAGCACUUAGUGUUUGUUUAAAAUAUGAUUGUGAGUCAAGUAAAACUUAAAUUUAUUACAAAAAGUAUAUUAGUUAAAGUGGCAUUUAAAUAAUGGAAACUAAACUGUGAUUGAUGAUCCAAUUUAUAACUAUUUCCUUGUUGAUUAAAUAAAUCAAAUUCCAAAUAAAUUGUUAUAUAUGAAAA